GGGGGUGUUCCCUCCUUUCUCAUUACAUGUGAUCACGUUGAUAAACAGCAAAAAUGGCUGCCGGGUACAAUUGGUUCCUGGUACUGGGCUCUGUCUUUUUGUGUAACCUCGUCAAAACACUAUUGCCGAGCCUGUCCUCAUUUCUGUCGAGGGUUGUGCAGAAGGAUGUAGAUCAAGAGACAGAGAUGCGAGCCCAAAUUCAGGAUAUGAAGAGGGAGCUGUCUGGCAUCAGCAUGAUGGACGAGUUCGCCAGGUACGCACGCCUGGAGCGCAAGAUCAACAAGAUGACCAACAUGCUCAAGACACACGUCAAGUCAAGAACUGCUCAUCAAGCCAAAAUGAAGUGGAUUGUGAACAUAGUCUUCUACAUUCUACAGGCUGCCCUCAUGAUCUCUCUGAUAUGGAAGUACUACGCUGAGCCGGUUACCGUGGUACCCAGUAAGUGGAUCGCCCCGCUGGAGAGACUGGUGGCCUUCCCCUCUGGGGUUGCAGGUGGUGUUGGGAUAACCUGCUGGCUAGUGGUGUGCAACAAAGUUGUUGCUAUUGGACUACAUGCCGUUAGCUAAGCCUGCUCUUACACGGUACAGGUGGAGAUUUUUGUUUACAUCUACAGCACUGGAAAGCUGAAAACCCAUUUUUGGCUGACUUAUUUUUUGUUUACUUUUUUGGGAACUUCACACACUGUCUUUGACUCUGUGUGACUACAUUUACAUACCUAUAAUAGUAGACUCAACAAUAGGAUUUCAGAGUAUUGUUUGACGCCGUAUCAAAUGUUAACAUCCCCUGUUCAUCAAGUGAACAUGUUGGCUGUUUUUCUUUCUUUUCUUUUUUUAAUCCAGGUCAUGAAUGUAUGUUCUUUAUUUGUGUUUUCCUGAAUGGGUCAGUAUUUGUUCUUUCUUAAUUUAUUGGAAUGAAAUAAAUAACGUUUUGUUUAAACUGGUG